CCGCCGCCCAGCGCAGCCCCGCGCCGGCCGCCGCAGCCCCGAGCGGCUGCGCCCCAGCUCCAUGAAUGGAAAUCGGCAGCGCAGGACCCGUGGGGGCACAGCCCCUGCUUAUGGUGCCCAGACGUCCCGGAUAUGGCACCAUGGGCAAACCCAUUAAACUGCUGGCCAACUGCUUCCAAGUUGAAAUCCCAAAGAUUGAUGUCUACCUCUAUGAGGUGGAUAUCAAACCAGAUAAGUGUCCUCGGCGGGUGAACAGGGACGUGGUGGACUCUAUGGUGCAGCAUUUUAAAGUGACAAUAUUUGGGGACCGUAGACCAGUUUAUGAUGGGAAAAGAAGCCUCUAUACAGCCAAUCCACUUCCUGUGGCCACUACUGGGGUGGAUUUGGAUGUGACACUACCCGGAGAAGGUGGAAAAGAUCGUCCCUUCAAAGUGUCAAUAAAGUUUGUUUCUCGGGUGAGCUGGCACUUGCUGCAUGAAGUUUUGACAGGAAGAACCUUGCCUGAGCCUCUGGAACUAGACAAACCUAUCAGCACUAACCCUGUUCAUGCUGUCGAUGUGGUGCUACGACACCUCCCCUCCAUGAAGUACACCCCUGUGGGCCGCUCCUUCUUCUCAGCUCCAGAAGGCUAUGACCACCCCCUGGGAGGGGGCAGGGAGGUCUGGUUUGGGUUCCAUCAGUCAGUCCGGCCUGCCAUGUGGAAAAUGAUGCUCAACAUCGAUGUUUCUGCCACUGCCUUCUACAAAGCACAACCCGUAAUUCAGUUCAUGUGUGAAGUCCUUGACAUUCAUAAUAUUGAUGAACAACCAAGACCUCUGACUGAUUCUCAUCGGGUAAAAUUCACCAAAGAGAUAAAGGGCCUAAAGGUAGAAGUGACUCACUGUGGGACAAUGAGAAGGAAGUACCGUGUCUGUAACGUAACAAGACGGCCUGCAAGUCAUCAAACCUUUCCUUUACAGCUAGAAAAUGGCCAGACUGUGGAGAGGACAGUAGCACAGUAUUUCAGAGAGAAAUACAACCUCCAGCUGAAAUACCCUCACCUUCCUUGUCUGCAAGUGGGACAGGAACAAAAACACACCUACCUGCCUUUAGAAGUGUGUAACAUCGUGGCAGGCCAGCGUUGUAUCAAGAAGCUCACAGACAAUCAGACAUCAACCAUGAUAAAAGCGACAGCCAGGUCUGCCCCAGACAGGCAGGAGGAGAUCAGCAGAUUGGUGAGAAGUGCAAAUUAUGAUGCAGAUCCAUUUGUCCAAGAGUUCCAGUUCAAAGUGCGGGAUGAGAUGGCCCAUGUGACAGGACGUGUGCUCCCAGCCCCGAUGCUGCAGUACGGAGGACGGAAUCGAACCGUGGCAACACCAAGCCACGGCGUGUGGGACAUGCGAGGGAAACAGUUCCACACUGGGGUGGAGAUCAAGAUGUGGGCCAUAGCUUGCUUUGCAACACAGAGACAGUGCAGAGAAGAAAUUCUGAAGGGUUUCACAGACCAGCUGCGCAAGAUCUCCAAGGAUGCUGGGAUGCCAAUCCAGGGCCAGCCCUGCUUCUGCAAGUAUGCCCAGGGUGCAGACAGCGUGGAGCCCAUGUUCCGACACCUCAAGAACACCUAUUCAGGGCUUCAGCUCAUCAUUGUCAUCCUGCCAGGGAAGACACCUGUGUAUGCGGAGGUGAAGCGCGUGGGAGAUACACUGCUGGGAAUGGCCACACAAUGUGUUCAGGUCAAGAACGUCAUUAAAACAUCUCCACAGACCCUCUCAAACCUGUGCCUGAAGAUUAACGUUAAACUAGGAGGAAUCAACAACAUCCUUGUACCUCAUCAACGACCUUCUGUGUUCCAGCAGCCAGUGAUCUUUUUGGGAGCUGAUGUCACUCACCCUCCAGCUGGAGAUGGGAAGAAGCCUUCCAUUGCUGCUGUUGUAGGCAGCAUGGAUGCUCAUCCCAGCCGGUACUGUGCCACGGUGAGAGUCCAGCGGCCCCGGCAGGAGAUCAUCCAGGACCUGGCCUCCAUGGUCAGAGAGCUGCUCAUCCAGUUCUACAAAUCAACACGGUUCAAGCCCACCCGUAUCAUCUUCUACAGGGAUGGGGUCUCUGAGGGACAGUUCCGACAGGUUUUGUAUUAUGAACUGCUGGCCAUUAGAGAAGCCUGCAUCAGUUUGGAGAAGGAUUACCAGCCUGGAAUAACCUACAUUGUGGUGCAGAAGCGACACCAUACACGGCUGUUCUGUGCUGACAGAACAGAAAGGGUUGGACGCAGUGGCAAUAUUCCAGCUGGGACAACUGUAGAUACAGACAUUACACACCCCUACGAAUUUGAUUUUUACCUCUGUAGCCAUGCUGGAAUACAGGGAACCAGCCGUCCCUCCCACUACCAUGUCCUGUGGGAUGACAACUGUUUCACAGCAGAUGAGCUGCAGCUACUGACGUACCAGCUGUGCCACACAUACGUGCGCUGCACCCGCUCCGUCUCCAUCCCCGCGCCUGCCUACUACGCUCACCUGGUGGCAUUCAGAGCACGCUACCACCUCGUGGACAAGGAACACGACAGCCCUGCCUGUCUCUCCCUCGUUCCCUGCAGUGCUGAAGGGAGCCACGUGUCAGGACAGAGCAACGGGCGAGACCCGCAGGCCCUGGCGAAGGCUGUACAGAUUCACCAAGACACCUUACGCACGAUGUACUUCGCUUAAGUCAAUGACCCGGGAGACACUCACAGAGAGGAGAACUGAGAACUUAAGCCACAUACAAUGUAUGUUUCCAGGGGGUUGGUUUAGGGGCUGUGCCUCCCAUCGUGCUGGAGCUGACGCUGUGCAGGGGCGAGAGGCUCACCCUUAAAUUGACACAAGGAAGAUUGUUUACUUCAUCCAGGAACACAGCACUAUUAUGCAAUAUGAAACCAGCCAACUGCUUUUUUGGGGCGGGCUCCUGUGGGAAGCACCGCCAUAAUUUUUUUUAAUUAUUAUUUCUCGUAGUUUAACCCUCUUCUGCCUUUACCUCAAGUUGCUCGGCAGCACAACUAUUGUUGCAAAAAAAAUAAGUAAUAAUAAACUAAAAUCUGUUGUGUAAUUUAAAACAAAAAACAAACCACCUUUUAGGAACAAUCACAGUGAUUGUUUGGAGAAGGGAAGUGUGCAAAAAAGAAAAUAAGUUUUUAAACCCCAUGCAUUGAGGAAUCUUUCUCUCAGUAUUGCCAUCGAGCAUUCGAAUGUGUGAACAUAUCCAAGUGCAUUGGAAUGCAACACUAGCUAGGAAGCAGUGAGUGGGGGAAGAUGUUUUGCACACUAAUCCAAUAAUUUGAACCUAAUUUAGCCAACGGCUGCCUUUGUGUCUUUUCUCACAGCUUUGGAGUUCCCAGCUCCAAGAGUUCCCUUUCAAAAGCAAUCCAAGAAGCUCGUGGUUCAUGUGCAGGCAGUAGUGACCCAACUCUUCUUGCUCCCUGGGGGAAUUUACUAAAGCUGCUGUUUUACCUAGUCCAAAAGUUUCAAUUUUUUCCUAUCUGGCGAGUCAAAUCUGUUGAAGCUUCAUGUAAGAUUCGAUGUCCCAGGUUUUCUGGGAUGACAUACAGUAAUCACCAGAACUGAAACUUUAGAGCUAAGGUCUUUUUGGAAAAAAAAGAAACCUGCUACUUUACUUGCUGCCUCUCACACCUUAAUGUGAUUCAUAUGUAUGUGUGUUUGAAGUUUAGCUUCCUUUUGUUUCUUUUAUAUUUAUUAGAAUAAUAAUAAUGCUUUAAUUUAAUUAUUACAGAACAUAUGGUCAACAGCAACUUUUAUUUUUUAGAAAUGUAAUCAUGUUUAUUUUUAAAAAAAAGAAACUGACAACUUGUUUUGCUAUCUUUUAGUGCAAUAAGCAUUCUAAAGAAAAACUGUGUCCAUUGAGCUGUACUGAAGCACUGUCUGUACCACGGACUGUGGGAGAAUGGACACCUCCAGGAUUUUAAAAGGACAAAGUAAAAGCCUUAAUUUUGAAAGGAAAGUUUUAUAGUCAGAAGGAAUCUUGAAUUUUCCUUUUUUAAAUCAAAAAAAAUACAAAAAAUGCUUCUAGACUUCUGCAAGCUUUACUUGUUGCUGCAGUCUUUUGAUUUAACAAAGGAAUUGGCCUUAUUUUUGGCUUUGAAAUGUGGAGCAUAUUUGAAUUAAAUGGACAGGGUUUUGUAUUAAGAGCUCAGUUUUUACAUGCUUAGUUAAACCUAUUUGACAUCAGUAAAAUGUCUGGAACUAAUAAAAGUUUUUAGGCUUUUUUCCUCUUUGAUAGUGACUUUCCUUUUAAAAUUAAGUUAUUGGUAACUUCAUUUCACUUUGCAAAUAAAGAGGGCUGGGAUAGUUCUAACAUGUUAAAUUACUGAAAUGUGAAACAAACCAAUGGGACUCUUUCAUUCCACUUUAAAACCAAUGUUUAAGAUGUCAGAGACGAGCGUUUAUUCAACAAGGGGACUGGGUAGUUUUGCACUUUGUAAACUUGUGAACUGCAUUUUUGACUGUUUUUAUUUGCACUGGUUCAUAGUAUAUUUACUGCAGCUGUUUGUAUGGGCAUUGCUGUGAUCCCAGCCCUCCCGACCUCCACCUGCUCUCACAUGAAAACCUGGUUGGUCUAAGUAGCUUCUCUCCUCAUUCUCAACAAAUCAGCUGUUUGCCAAUAUACUGUGUUUUGAGCCUAAAAUCUGAGCCCAUUUUGCUUCACCAGGCAUGAACCCCCUUUUUUCUGCCAGAAAAACCAAGUACUGUAUUUUGUGUGUUUGUAUAUUGUAUGAAAAUGUCCAUAGUGCUGUUCACAACACUGUCUGCAAGAGCUUUACUAACAGCUGAUGUAGAUACCUAUUUUAUCUCUCAAAACCAAGGAAAAUAAUGUAAAAUACUAAUUUGGCAAAGCUAAAAUUGCACUGGAAACAGUGG